CAAUUCUCACAAAGGCACUCUGCUCCAAUCUACCGACUUUUUGCACAUGGCUCCUUUUCUUGGUAUCAUUGUAACCCUCUGUGGACUUACAGCCACUUUAUUUGAAAUUAUACAUGUGUGUUAUGAACAGGAACUCAUGGCAUCACUACAGUGAGUGAAGAAGUGUCCGUGGAAGUAGGGGCCACGGUUUCAAUUCCAUGUCUCUACGAACCGAGCCAUAAGAACCUUGUUAAGUACCUUUGUAAAGGAAUGGAUUGGAGUUCUUGUUCUGUAGAAAUCGAAACCAACUCCAAGAGUAGUUCUCCAGAAGGCCUGUACACAAUCUCUGAUGACCCGGACCAAGGGGUCUUCACCGUCACCAUCAAAAGCCAAAAGGAGGGAACGCAAACCUACUGGUGUGCUGUGGAGAUGGGAUUCUGGACACCGGAUGCGAAAACAUAUUUCCAACUAUUAGGGUCCAAAGGCAAGUCCAGUCUGUAUGUGGAUCAACAGGAAAUAACAGGAUUUGCGGGAGAUAGUAUAAAUAUCCGUUUUUACUCUAAAACACACGGCAAACCAGGAUGGUGCGAACUGGGCCACUGCAAGGAGCCACAGGAUGGCUUUAUUGAAGGUUCACAAUACUCAAUUGAUGCAAGGAAACAAGGUGUUUUUGUGGUGACUAUGAAAGACCUAGAAAUGGAAAGCAGUGGUUGGUACAUUUUUUUCCAAGGAAAACUAAAUAUGCCAAUACAUCUUACCGUUGCUGUAAACCCAACGACAACGAAUACUGGAACUCAUGGCAUCACUACAGUGAGUGAAGAAGUGUCCGUGGAAGUAGGGGCCACGGUUUCAAUUCCAUGUCUCUACGAACCGAGCCAUAAGAACCUUGUUAAGUACCUUUGUAAUGGAUGGGCUUGGAGUUCUUGUUCUGUAGAAAUCAAAACCAACUCCAAGUGUAGUCCUCCAGAAGGCCUGUACACAAUCUCUGAUGACCCGGACCAAGGGGUCUUCACCGUCACCAUCAAAAGCCAAAAGGAGGGAACGCAAACCUACUGGUGUGCUGUGGAGAUGGGAUUCUGGACACCGGAUGCGAAAACAUAUUUCCAACUAUUAGGGUCCAAAGGCAAUUCCAGUCUGUAUGUGGAUCAACAGGAAAUAACAGGAUUUGCAGGAGAUAGUAUAAAUAUCAGUUUUGUCUCUAAAAUACACGGCAAACCAGGAUGGUGCAAACUGGGCCACUGCAAGGAGCCACAGGAUGGCUUUAUUGAAGGUUCACAGUACUCAAUUGAUACAAGCAAACAAGGUGUUUUUGUGGUGACUAUGAAAGACCUAGACAUGGAAAGCAGUGGUUGGUACAUUUUUUUCCAAGGAAAACUAAAUAUGCCAAUACAUCUUACCGUUGCUGUAAAUUCAAAGACAACGAAUACAACAAACUCAACAAUGGUCAGCUCUUUGUCAGAAGUUGUGUCCGACAAAAAGAGUACAGACGUGGAACCUGACAAUGAACCUUGCAACGUAGCGAGUUAUUCCAUUGAUCUGAAGAACCUGCUCAUGCUUUUGGGCAAAUCGCUUAUAAUUAUAUUAGUGCCCCUGUUGAUUUGGUGGACAUUCUACAGACAUGCCAAAAGCAAACAUGCAGCAAUGACAGAGGUGGAUGACAAUGUGACAUAGUGUUCCCAAACCAAGACUGCUGCAUGGUAUUAUAAAUCAUCCACGGCAUUCACCAUUCUUUGCAUCAUAGUAUAGUAUGUCACUAUGUAUGUAUUGUGUACGCAAUAUGAUUAUAGAUGUGUCCUCCCUGUAAACUAUCUAUGAAUGAUUCACUGGACUAGUAAUUAUUAACCAUUGUCGUCGUCCGUCCGUCCCCCACACACACACACACGCACACACACACAAACACACAGACAGAUACAAA